AUGGCGAGCGCUAAGCACUCCUACGGGGAGUACCUGCUUGUUCUGUCAGGAUCGGCCCAAGAUGCUCCUUUUCUGAAAGACUGGAAAACGCUCAAGGAUAGUGUUCGGCAGAAUGGCGGACGUCCGGGUUGGACAGAUGUGAGCUCUACGCCACACGAAAGAAUACUGCGGGGAUGGUGUAACUUUAUAAGAGCAGGCAAUGCCGAGGCUGCAUACAGUUUCCAUGGUUCUAUGCAAGGUGCGCCAGUUGUACCUAACCCAAGCAUCUUAACGUCCUCAACCCAGAGCAUCGUGCACCCUGGGAUUGUUUACUACGCCGUCAUGCACUCCUACUCCAUCCCCAUGGUAGGCUUACAUGUGCCUAUUCAAGAAGCGAUUGGCCUCGUGUAA